ACAAAUCACCACGAUUUCCAGAUAGACUUUCUCCGUCUUCUUACCGAUGAAGUCGAAAAAAGAAUAAUCAUUCAUCAACCAAACUAGCCGUAAGUGCCCAUGGCUAUUUGCUCGUCACCUUCUUCUUCAUCAUCAUCUUCGUCUGAGUCUUCCAACAACGCUAAGCUAUGGAUCUUACAUGGCAUUGCGGCUGGAGUUGCAAUCGCAGCUGCUGUCGGUGCUCGCGCUUACUUCAAUCGAUUCGAGAAAUUUCGUAGCCGCGUCGUUGGCAUCAUACCUGCCCGCUUCGCCUCGUCCCGUUUUCAGGGCAAACCUCUUGUUCACAUUCUUGGAAAGCCCAUGAUCCAGAGAACAUGGGAAAGGGCAAAAAUGGCUUCUACAUUGGAUCAUGUUGUUGUGGCCACUGAUGAUGAAAAGAUUGCUGACUGCUGUCGACAAUUUGGAGCUGAUGUCAUAAUGACAUCAGAAUCCUGUCGAAAUGGUACUGAGCGCUGUAAUGAAGCCCUUCAAAAGCUUGAGAAAAAAUAUGAUAUUGUUGUCAACAUUCAGGGUGAUGAGCCUCUUGUUGACCCUGAGAUAAUAGAUGGUAUCGUAAAAGCAUUACAGGCAGCUCCAGAUGCAGUGUUUAGCACUGCAGUCACAUCUUUAAAACCUGAAGAUGCAAAUGAUCCAAACCGAGUGAAAUGUAUUGUAGAUAAUCAUGGUUAUGCCAUUUAUUUUUCGCGAGGACUGAUCCCAUUCAACAAGUCAGGGAAAAUCAAUCCACGGUUUCCUUAUCUGCUUCACCUUGGAAUUCAGAGCUAUGACACGAAGUUUCUAAAAAUAUAUCCAGAUCUUCAGCCCACUCCAUUGCAACUUGAGGAGGAUUUGGAACAGCUUAAAGUCCUUGAGAAUGGCUAUAAGAUGAAGAUAAUCAAAGUGGAUCACGAUGCUCAUGGUGUUGACACUCCAGAAGAUGUUGCCAAGAUAGAAUCUCUUAUGCGCGAGAGAAACUUGUCUUGAACUUACAUUCCAUGAGCUCAUCUACGUGCAGUUAUUUUUGUAAUUUUCCCCCGCUUUUAUUUGUUCUCGCAUGUCUUUCAACAUAGUGUAAGUGUUUUGAUUUACAGGUUAUAUUACAUAAUUAGCAUCCUAGUAGGACUGACUAGGUUUUCAUGUAGUACAAAACAAGAACGGGAAUUUCAACUCUCAAGUCCUCAACUUUGAUGCAUGCGGUGAAUUGUUAUAAGAGGUUGAGAAUUACUUUCUUUUCUUUAGAACUAUCUUUCCUUGAUUUCGUUUA